AUCUGUUCAUCAGCGGCACACUUGUCGUUAAGUCGGACACUUCUGGAGACGGGCUGGUGAAUAUGUGUUUUGGGGGGAGGGCAACGGGGGAAGAAGAAAAGCAAGUUUUUGGUGCAGCAAGUGGGUGCUCAGCCUGUGACAUCCUUAACCCCUGCGACGGCAAGAAGUUGGCGACAGGGGGCGGGUUGUUAGUUUUAAUUUUGGGGUCGGGAGUGGUGGUGGUCAGCGGAGAGUCUGGUUUUGAGAGCUGGCGGCCGGCCGGACAGGCUGGACGGGGAGUGAGAGUUGUCCCCCCGCCAGGAGCUGCAGCAAGCCCUCCCUGCUGAAGUUGCUACUGGAGGAUUCGCCACGUCACGGUCCUGGUGCUUCCCCUCCACCUCCUUAAGCUGCUCCACUUUCUCCCUCACUCCCUCAACACCCGCUUGUUUGAAUUUAUUUUGCAUCCCAUUCCACACCUUGUUCCGCUUGCUGCAUCCUUCAUCCUUUUAUCUGCAGGCAGGCUUUGAUUUGUUUCCUUUUCCUUUUGUUUUUCUUUAUCACUGCACGCAGAAUUUUCAGAACCCUCUUUUGGGCGCUGUUUGUUUUGUGUUUUAGCUCUUAAUAAGCUUUCGAUUUUCAAACUAAUGUUCCCAUUCUCUCAUCCAGCUUUAUCUGCCUUAUUUCAUUGUACUUGACCUAGUAAAUUUCCUUUGCUAUAUAUAAUUUAUACUGUUUGAUCACUUAAUCGAUUGCGUCCCAGGAGAGCUUUGUGUGGUAGGAUACUAUUAUAUUCCUCGCACUCCAGUUUGUUUUUUUCUUCCUUCCAAGCCCCUGUAGAAUUUUUAAAAAAUUACAGUAACGUUCAAACUAGAAGGAUCAGUUUUUUGUUCGGAAAUGUCAAGAUGUGGUUUGGAACAUAAUGUUCGAUACUUAGUUUUCUAAAGUAUUCAGUAGGCAGCUGCUUCCUCUUUAUGUAUAUCUGUUGUUCGUUGACUGUCAAUUCUCAAACGUCGAAAAGAAACAAGCCAAGAAGUCUCACGUCUUGUAACCACAUUUUGAGAUUCUGCGAUACCUUUUUUCAAAACAAAAUCUGUUUAAACAUGGCUACUUCAAACUGGGGCCUCAUCAUGAAUGUGGUGAACAGUAUCGUGGGAGUGAGUGUGCUCACCAUGCCGUUCUGCCUCAAACAGUGUGGAAUUGCAUUUGGUGUUGUCCUGCUCCUCUUCUGUUCCUGGAUGACUCAUCAGUCCUGCAUGUUUCUAGUGAAGGCAGCAAACACCAGCAAGCGCAGGACAUACCCGGGCCUUGCUUUUCAUGCCUAUGGAAAAGCAGGCAAAAUGCUGGUUGAGACCAGCUUGAUUGGUUUGAUGUUGGGUACCUGUAUUGCUUUUUACGUCGUUAUUGCUGAUUUAGGAUCCAAUUUCUUUGCUCAUUUGCUUGGACUUCAAGUAACACCAGGAUUUCGAGUGUUCUUGCUGUUUGCAGUCUCUGUAUUUAUAGUGCUGCCACUGAGUUUGCAAAGAAACAUGAUGGCCUCGAUCCAGUCCUUCAGUGCUAUGGCUCUUAUAUUCUACACACUCUUCAUGUUUGUAAUUGUGCUAUCUUCCUUCAAACAUGGCUUGUUUAGUGGUCAAUGGCUUAGCCAAGUCAGUUACGUUCGCUGGGAAGGCUUUUUUCAGUGCCUUCCUAUCUAUGGCAUGUCUUUUGCUUGCCAGUCUCAAGUGCUGCCCACAUAUGACAGCUUGGAUGAACCUUCUGUUAAACGGAUGAGCACUAUAUUCUCGUCAGCCCUGAACGUGGUUAAUAUGUUUUACAUAACGGUUGGUUCGUUUGGUUACAUUGGUUACACUGAUAAUAUUGCUGGGAAUGUUAUGAUGAACUUUCCCUCCAACUUGGUCACAGAGAUGAUUCGUGUAGGAUUUAUGAUGUCUGUUGCUGUGGGAUUCCCAAUGAUGAUUCUUCCUUGCCGACAAGCUCUGAACACUUUUCUCUUUGAACAGUUGCAGCAGAAGGAUGGCACCUUUGCUGCAGGAGGGUAUAUGCCACCCUUGCGUUUUAAGCUCAUUACAGCUGGUAUAGUUUUUGGCACUAUGCUAGGUGGAAUUCUGAUUCCGAAUGUGGAAACAAUCCUUGGUUUGACAGGUGCCACGAUGGGGAGCCUCAUCUGUUUUGUUUGCCCAGCGCUUAUCUACAGAAAAAUCCAGAAGAAUAGUUUCAUUUCACAGAUUAUCCUCUGUAUUGGUCUCGUUAUUCUGGUGAUCAGCACAUUUACAACAUUGACUGCAACAAGUGACCAAACAGUGACACCUGAAAAGCCACUUCAGGAUAUUAACCAUGAGAAGCAACAAAAUGAAGGAGACCCCCAGCAGAAGAUCUCAGCUCAAAACAGUGUACUUAAAGAAGCCGGUGAUGAUAGAGAUCGUCCAAAGUUAGAGAAGGAUGCCAUAGAACAACCUCAGAUAAAAGUUCCAAUAGAUCCACCUCAAGACCGGAAUCCCAAAGGCGAGGAAGUGCAGCUGGAUCGUCCUGACCAAGGGAUUGUUCAUCCAGUAGGAGAGGCUCAUCGGCAUGAACCACCUAUUCCACAUGAUGAAGUCAUUGUUGAUGAAGGAAAGGAUGGUGAUGAAUCAAAUGAGAAGAAGCUUCCAGCAAUGAAAGCUAAACAGCCGAGUGACGGAAGACAAGAGGUGAAAAUUGAUUUUAAUGAAAAGGUGAAAGAAUUAGGAGAAGAAAAGAUGGUUAAUCCUGGAUUAGAAGAACAGGGAAAGGAAGUUAAAAAGAAUGUUAAUGAUGCUGGAAAUGCUCCAGAGAUCGAUUCAAAGCAAAAAGAACAGCCAGUCCAGAUGGAACUUGAAGUGAAUGCUCAAGGUGCAGUUCUUCGAGCAGGUGUAGAAUUGCAUCAACAAAAGUUGAAGGAAGACCAUGUCGUGGUUCCUGGAGUAGGCGAUUCAGUGAUUCAUAAUCCAGAAGGGAAUAAGGAAAACAUGAAGAACAAAGAGACAGAAAAUGGAAAAGAGAAGGAUUUGCCAGCUCUGGAAAAUGUUAGUGCAGCAAAAGUGUUGGAAUCGCAUGUUCGUGAUGAGAGAGACAGUGAAAAUGCAAUUUUAGAAGAAAAGCAAGAUGGAAAACCACCUGAAGGAGGCGAGGAUGGCGAAAAACAUAUGGAUCAUAUAGUUUUACUGAAAGUGAUUAAAGAACAACAGCAACAACAAAAACGGCUUUUGGACCAACAGGAGAAACUGUUAGCUGUCAUUCAGGAACAACACAAGGAAAUCCACCAACAAAGAAUCGAUGAGGACAAAGGACAGCAGGACAAUGAAAACCCUGUGAAAGAACAAGCGGUUGAAGAAAUUGAAGAUCAGGGAAAAAAUAUUGACACACUCGGUGGGCAGAAGGCAGAGAAAGCUAACGUGAUCAAUGCUGAUUCCCAGAUUGAUUCUGCCAAAUUUCGUCAGGAUCUACCAGCAGUUGAUCACCAUAAGGAUGGUGUUAAGCCUAAAGAUACUUUGCAAGAAGCUCGGGGUAAUGUCCCAGAUAACCAGGAUCAAGUUCUUGCUUCUAAACAGAAGGCUGGAAUUAGAGCUAAUGUUGAAUAUCACAAAGGUGCUCAAGUUGUCCAUCAGUCUAGAGACAACCUUGAAGAAGACCACCAAAAAAAUGAGGCUGUAAACCUUCUCCCGAAAGGAAGAGAUGGUGAAAGGCUGGUGCCUCACCUUGAUCCUGAAGUCGCAAAGGCAGUUGCACCUGUGGACGGAGCUAAACCUAUCCAAGAACACGGCGCGAGAAAUCCAAAUAUUCCUCUGAAUGAUAUGGUUAAAAUUGAAAAGGAAGGACCUGAACCUGGAGAAAGACAUCCAAAUGUUCCAGACAAUGAGGUCAAAGUCCCAAAAAUUUCAGAAAAUCUUGGUAUUAAAGCAAAAUCAAAAGAAGAUGUUCAUCAGAUUGAAUUGGAAGUUGAGACCAAGCCUUUAAAAGGGGAAGAAGCAGAAAAACAUAGGAAUGAGAAUAUGAAUGGCAGAGAUAGGGAUACAUUCCAGGAAAAACCUAAUCAGCCAGGACACAUUGAAAACAGGAAGGAAAAGAUCCAGUGGCCUGUGAAUGCGGAUAAAGCUCACAAAGAUGGGGAAAAUCUUAUCAAUAGAGCACAAAGUCUUGAUGAAAAGAAAAUUGAGGAAGAACAGAAGGCUUUAAAGGGAAAUAUUAAGCUUCAACAUGCAGACCCAAAAGCACCAUCAAACCAUAAUGAAAAGAAUCCAAGCCAGAAGGAUGGUGAGCCAUAUAAAGAUUUAAAACUUGACGGAGGUGGUGACCUCCGUAGAAAAAAGAGAGAUCUAAGGUCAAGCAUGGAUGAAAGCUAUCAAAGUGACAGUGGUAAGUUGAUCAUCAGCCUUGAUCCAGUGCCAAACUUUAAAACCGAUAAUCUCCGAAGUGCACUGGAGAGUCAGCUAAAACAGGUAGCAGGAGCAUCAUUUCAGAUAAUUCAAAGUCGAAAGAUAAAGCAACUGACAGAUACGGAAAAAGAUACAUGAUUCAACAUUUCCAACCCGUUGCACUUCCAGAGAGAAUCUGUUUUGAAAUGCAAAUGACCUAUCCUGGUUGGUAUUAAGCUACUUUGGUGUCCUAUGUGCAGCUUACACAGUGUCACAUCUGCAUUGCAUUGUGUGAGCAAAGUCUGCUGAAAACAAAUCAAUUAAAUUGGACUUCAGUGAGAAUUCUGAAAUAACAGAUCAAACGAAUUCAGAGAAAACCAAAUAGAUAUUAGAACCUAGUUGCCUGCUGAAAUAAUGAACAUUCUACGAGGAGAUAACCAAUGACUGUACCUGUGUAGUUCAGUAUACUAUUUGCACAGAAAUGUUGAUUACUACAGGGCAUUACUCAACCAGAAAAUUUGAAAGGAAAGCUCUGAAUUACUGGAAACUGUAAUUUCUGUUGUUCUGUGCUCAUCCACCCAGAAGCCACCAAGAAUGAAUAAAAAUGGCUUUACUGUUGGGAUUCUAACAGUUAAAUGUACUGUUGACUGAAGAUAAAUCUGUUUUCAAACAUUGGAAAUGCCAUUCCUUGUGUCUUUUUCCUCUCAGGGCAACAUGCUGUUUAAUGUAAACAGUAGGAUUUUGUUGUAUGGAUUUCUAAAUGGUUAUUCAUGAGGCUGGUUGAUUGCAAAUCUUAGUGUAAAGAUCUUUGCAAUUAAUAUCUAAUUUGUUUACAAGUGUGCACGAGAAAGCAAACCCUCAGAUUUACACAUUAUAUAAGCUGAUGUUUUCAGAAUUUGAUUUCGAACUUUUCAACAUUCCAUGUUUAAAAUAAACAAAUUCAGCACCUUUCAUAUUAUGUGCUUUAAAAUGUGGUCUAUUUUCUUAACUUGUUCCAUUAAUUCUAUGUAAGCACAUUGAAUUUGCAACUAUAAUUUUGACACUGUGACCCCGACUAAAUAAUUCAGCAAUGUAAUUGUUUUGCACAUUGUGUAUCUUAUGAAGGGUUAAUAGUGCAAUAUUUAAUUCUGACCUUUUACCUAGUGGUUCUAUACAGCAUAUUCUCAUACUUCAUACAUCAACUGCAAAUUGAAAUUAACUGAGAUUAAUAUACUUUUAAAUAAAUAAGUAUAGUAAAAGGCUCUGUAUGCAAUAGUUUCUGAAUCCUCGUGUUCAUUUGCAAAAUACACUUUUGUAUUGUUUUUAAACAAAGAAAUUAACCUUUUUUAAAUUUCCUGGCAAACAUUUCAUUGAACGUUUGAAAACUUGGAAUGUCAAAUCGGACUGAAUGUAAGAUUCAGUUGCCAUUACCUCAGCUGUUUUAGGUGAGGCAGAGAAGGUAAAUUUGUAUAAAAUUAUAUAGUGGAAUAUAUCUUAAAACAUCGACUAAAGUCUGCUGGCAUACAUCACUGGAAUUUUGCACACAUUGUGAAAAUCUGCACCCCAAAGGCUGCAGCAUUUCAAGAAGGCUACACACCAUCACUUCUCCAAGAAAUUAAGGAUGGAUGCUAAUUGCUGGCCUAGCCUGUGAAUAAAUUAGACUGUAAAAAAGAUAAAUCUAACAAUGAUGAUGCCUCCAGAAUAACCCAAUUUUAGUGGUUUCUCAGAUGUAAUUUAGUAAUAUAUUUAGAAACAAACAUGAACUGUGCACACGUAUGUAGUGUUAAAGCAUAUAGUAUCUCACAUUCUCUGUAGGCUUGGAACAGGCAGCAGGUCUUUGAUUUCAGAAUUGUCUUUGUUAGAAAAUCAAUUUUAUUUAUGAAAAUUAAUCAGGACAGAGGAUCAGGUUAUUGUAUCUACCUGAAUUAUUUUGGCCUAAAACAUUGUCGCUAUUUUUGCUAAUCUUUUUAGACCACUGACAAUUCCCAAUAAUUCUUAACUUUCUAGCACAUCACCAAAUCAAAGCAUGACCAUUAACUGAAUUUUUCGUAAAGUAUUUGCGUUGUAUUCAGAUUCAAAAUUGUAGUAGUUGGUAUCUGGUCACUAACAGCCCUGCAGGGGUUCAAAGAUCAAAGUUAUCCAUUGCCGAUCACUUUUGCCAUCUCUUUUCAUUUUAAAUGUAUUUUGUUGAUGCAUGUAUUUUCUGUAUUUAUCUUCAAGCAAAAUUAAAGAACUGUAGAGCAUAUGUUGUUAGUGUCAGACAAUUAGAGAACCUGUUUACUUUUACAUGAUAUUAUAUUCUGCACCCAGACCCUGGUGAAUGCUGCUUAAGUUAUUUGAUGGGAGAUGAGCAGACACUGUGUUCAUUGCCUUAGCCUUCAGAGUUCUUUGUUUCCUGUAGAUAAGUGCCUGAGUUCCACUUGAUGCCUUUUUUCAAGGUCCAGCCAAGUCUUGUGAACCCACCACAUGGGUGGUGUAAGCUAUACUUCCUACUGCAUGUUUUCAGUAAACACUGAAAUCUGAUUUACAACGUUUCCUGGUAUGAGUGACUGAAAUGGCUGAACUUAUUUCAAUUUUUCCGUCCUUUUUCCUGUUUAAUGUUUUGCUUCCUUCAAAACAUAGGGUUAAACAAUAAUGAAGACAUUGGUAAAGUCAAAAAGUUAGAGGUCAAAACUUUGUCAAUCUUCUAGUUCGUUGCCUCACCUGAAUUUUGUAGAUGUUUGGAUUUUUUUCCCCAAUCCUCUUAAAAGACUGUAACAUUUUCAUCCACCUAAAGAUUAGAUAUGUUUUAAAAAUAGAACUGCUUAUGAUUUAUUCACUAUAUACCAAGAGCUUUCCUUAAUACUUGUAGUGAAGUCUUGUGUGAAAUAAUAUCUUCUUUUAGUAAAAAGUUAUUUUUUGGCCAUGUUGACUCAUCCCAAGUCAGGAUUUUCCUUUUACCAGUCAUCCUUCGUAUUUGAAAUAAGGGAUGAAUGAAGUUAAGUCAAAGAAUCUAUGAGUGAGACUAAAUGAUGGCGAAGCGGGACUAAGCAUUUGGCACUUUAAGCCAGAGAAACAUUUCUGAUGAAAUCCAACCUUAAGCAACAUUCCAAAUGAAUAUUAGUUACAGGUGUAAAACCAAAUGGAACGUAUCUUGCAGAUACAUCAUGUAUUCUGUCUAAUUGUAAGUGGUUCAUUUAAAAAUAAAGUGCUAUUAAUAAAAACA